AUGGAGAACGUUAGAAUCGUCUCGAUACAAAAUCAAGGAAAAUGUUCCGUAACAGCUUCUAAUAUCGAAGGAUGUUAUUCAUGCCUAGUUGGAGCCAAAAUAACCGUCGUGUGCUAUUCCACGAAAGAACAAACAACAACUGAUAUCACCAGCAACAAGCAGCUCCAAAUUGCUACCUGCACGAAGAGAGGAAAACUUGCCGAAUUGACAUUUCACUUCAACUCCCCUAAAGUUUCGACAAGCUGCACCAUCUCUUGCCCCGGAGGGCAGUCGAGUUUCCAGCUAAGCGGUCUCCUCGACUAUGUCAACGACGCACAACUUCAAAGAGAGAUAGCAGUCAACAGCGAAAUGGCCGUCAACAAGCCAAGCGAUUCAUUAGAAAAAAUACCAGAUUGGUUAUCCUCAAUCGUAGACAAAUUCAAUUUCUUCAAUCUUAAAGUCUGCUGUAUCCUUGCUUUGUAUCUGUCCUGUAUUACCCCAAUAACGUCUGCAUUUCGAGAUACUUUUCAUUCAUCAGCCAAGAAGCAAACCUAA